GGACUCGCCCUCCCCCACGCCGAGGCCUUGCCUUUGCGCCGCCUUGCUGCCUUGUUGCAAGUUCGCCAGGGGGGCAAAAGUUUGUUCGAUGCUGUCGGAAGGCGACGAUGAACAAGUUUGUUGUGGCUCGUCGUCGGAGUGCGGCUGUUUUUUAACCGCUGCCCCGCUUCGCGAAAAGUGCAACCCCCAUGCGUCGUCGACGUCGAUGUGCGUUUGUGGUGCCGUCUCCGACGACGACGUGAAAGAUCGGGCGACUUUGCUGGGACGGAGAGGAAGUUCGACGCUGAGCGACGCCUUUCGCCCGCUCUGAUCGUUGACGGCUUCCUUUUUUUCUUCUCUCUCGAAGCUCGCCAGUGUCCCGCUACCCUCGUCAUAGAGACAAAAUCAAGCAACCCUUCUCCGCCUGGGACCUGCUUGCGAAGAAUGCGUACGCUCAGCUAGCCACCAACACUCGACUUGUAGGACUGCAAAUAAUCAAAUUUUAUAAUCGCGGCCACGUUGAACCGCUGGCAAGGCUCAAAUAAGCCCAGAAAAGACCGAGGUCCCUACGGCACUGUUGCCACGACGCCACCACAACGAAGACAGCUGCGCUGAUCGGGCUGACUUUUUUCUUUUUGCCGAGAGUGUCUGAAAGCCCCGAGUGUUUGAAGGCAAACGAAUUCAAGUUAAAGUAGGCAACUUUAUAGGCCUAAGCGCGGACCAACUAAGCAUAACGACCAGUGUGAUAGAUUCAAGGACCAUAAGCCAGCCGUCAACAACGGGAAGUUGGCGUGCCAGGCCGUUGGCACCCGGUAGGCCUGGCGAAAGCCGAAGCUGUUAGGCCUAACAAGCGGGUACUCGUUAUGCACAAAGCCAACCGAGAGGCUAGGCCCAUAAGAAGAAGCGAAACCGCUGGCUCUAAGGAAAGGCGUUACUAGGCCUAACCGAAAGACGAACUCGAUUAGGCCUUACCGAAGCGAAAGACAGAAGGCCCGAAGGGUGUUAAGCCUGAGAACAACGAAGAACAUCUUGGGUGCAACAAGUGCUUAGCCUAAGGAAGACGAAUACCACUACUGCCAACGAAGGCCGCUACGGCUGCUGGGGCGAAGACACAGAAUACGAGGCGUAUAGCGAGUGCAAGGCCUAAGGAAGGCGGAGAACGCUAGGCCUAACGCCGAGACGGGAGUCGCCGCUGCACCGUCGGCGGCAUGAGCGUGUUGGUGUGUCCGCUACAGCUGAGGUGACCACCGGCGCUUCGUCGUAGAGGAGGCUGGACGGCGGCCGCGAGCGGACCGCGUCCCUUCCGACAAGAUGAAGUUCGUGGAGAUGGAGAACGGCCAGGCGUGGCAGCAGCUCAUCUCGCGGAGCCACGGGCUGAACCCCUCGGCGGCCGGGGGAGGUGCCGGGGAUUCGGACUACGACACACCCAGUAACCAGGGCGAGUCUAGCACGAGCAGCCGUCGCAUCCUGACCAAGCACCUGUCCCUGAACGGGUUUCCGCGGUGCGCGGACGGUGGGGACGGCGUGGGCGGCGGCAACGCCGACGACUCUCCCGUAGUGCGCUACCAGAAGGCCAAGAUCAUCCCGAGCAGGGCGCGAAAGAGGGUCAUCUUCAAGAACGGCAGUGUGAACCUCUCCAAGGAGCACGUCUACAAGAGGUCGCAGCGCUACCUCCAGGACAUCUUCACCACCCUGGUGGACAUUCAAUGGCGCUGGAACCUGAUGGUGUUCUCGAUGGGCUUCAUCCUGAGCUGGCUCGUGUUCGCCAUCAUCUGGUGGCUCAUCAUGUUCGCGCACGGCGACUUCGACCCCCACGAGGGCGACUGGACGCCGUGCAUCGUGGACGUGACCUCGUUCACGUCGGCCUUCCUGUUCUCGCUGGAGACGCAGCACACGAUCGGCUACGGUAGCCGCGCCAUCACGCCCGAGUGUCCGGAGGCCGUGUUCAUCCUCUGCAUGCAGUCCAUCACGGGCGUCAUGAUCCAGUGCUUCAUGGCGGGCAUCGUGUUCGCUAAGCUGUCCCGGCCCAAGAAGCGCUCCCAGACGCUGCUCUUCAGCAGGAACGCCGUCGUCUGCCUCCGGGACGGGAAGCUCUGCCUCCUCUUCAGGGUCGGCGAUAUGCGCAAGUCGCACAUCAUCGGCACCAACAUCGCGGCGCAGAUCAUCCGCCGGAAGGUGACGGCCGAGGGCGAGGUGAUCCCGUACUACCACACCCAGCUGGACGUGCGCUUCGACGCCGGCUCGGACAGCAUCCUGUUCAUCUGGCCGGCCACCAUCGUGCACGAGAUCGGCGAGACGAGCCCCUUCUACAACAUGUCUGCCGAGGACGUGCUGCGGGAGAAGUUCGAGAUCGUGGUCAUCCUCGAGGGCACCAUCGAGUCCACGGGCCAGUCGAUCCAGGCGCGCUCCUCGUACCUGCCCUCCGAGCUGCUCUGGGGCCACCGCUUCGAGCAGCUCGUCCGCUUCCAGAAGGACUCGUCCGAGUACCUCGUCGACUACUCAAAGUUCAACAACACGUACGAGGUGGAGACGCCGCUGUGCAGCGCCCGCGACUUCUACGAGUACCAGCGGAUGCUCCGCAACGCGCCCCGCAUGGUGGCGCUGAGUACGCCCAUCCCCAACAUGGCGGACGACCGGGGCUCCCCGGGCACGCAGCAGCAGGGCCUGAGGAGGGCCACGCCGCCGGACAAGCUGCUCAACGCCGCCACGGUCACGCAGCUGCUCCCGCUCCAGCUGCCCAAGGAGCUCUGAGUUUUCCCGAGAGCUGGAAGAAAGCCCUAAGCAAACGCAGACAGCCCGAGUCACAAUACGCCGACGACCAAUCAUCAAGUGCCACCACGUGAUCGGAGAAGCGCCCAGCCCAGCACAGCCCACACACAACGACAAGCCGCAAGCAUAGUGUUCGCCUAAAGUGCCUUCGUCAUCGUUAUCAACAAAAUCACGAACGCCCAUGGAUGCAAAAACCAGUGGUGUUUUACGUCUUCCAGACUAGAAGGGUGCUCUACAUUAUUUUUUGUUUCGUUUCGUUGAAAGACGGUUCAUCGACAGAGAUGGUGCUGAUGACGAUUUAGUGCUGCAUUCUUUCUCUGUGAGGCGACGCCGAAAUUGAAAACAGAACAAACGGAAGUGGGUAUUCCAAGAUGACGCCCAGCACACUUCCGGUCCGCAACGUCUCUCUAUGGCGAUUGGUUGGGCACCGGAAGGCCUUGGCGACGGGUCCCAGAAUCACGCACAACGUGAACUUUCUCAUUUUGUUUUCCGUGGUGUGACUUUUCGCUACGGCAUGUGUGUACGUGUGUGUGUGUGUGUGCAAAACAGUGCCUUUCUAGAGAUAAGUAAAGUAAUGAGACACCGGGAGAGCGUUCGUAAUCACGAGCCCUGUCGCAUUUAAACGAGCUUAGCGCCAGAGCAGACGAUAUUACGGACAGUGGCGGACGGCGUGAAUAACCGACGACGCGCUGCCGUUCAAGUUACGAUUUGAUCAGUAGUGUGAUCAAGGUGUGCCUUUAGGACAAAGUUGCUGUCAAAACAAACUUACAAAUGUGGCAGAAGUAUUUUUGGCGCGUAUUGUUCAAAAGAAACGAACUAAAGAACGCGGCUUGGUUGUUUUUGAUUCAAUGUCAAGACUGUCCUGGCAACAACAGAAACAAAUACGAUAACGCUAAACUAAAAAGAAAUAAAAUAAAAAAAAAGAGGAAGAGACUAAAGUCACAAUCGAGUCGCAGUUCCAUUCUGGUAUUUUAUAAAGCGGGCUUUUAUUGAGCAGUUUUUUAGUAAGAAGCUGACUGUCUUUUGUCUUCGUGAUAAAUCAGUCUGCUAAGUGCGGAGUAGUUUUGUGAUAUUACCUUGUCGGUCAUUGUUCGAUAAAGCUCAGCGGCCUGUAAUUAGACAAUGGGGAGUUAGCUGCGCGACUCUGAAACAUUUCUUGUUGUUUUUUUUCUUACGUGCGAUUACGUGUAUCUCGGUGAAGACGUAUACAUGCUGAGGUUAUCGUCUGCUGUUGCGCAGGCUUAAUCUGCAUUUUGAAGCGAACGCCGCCAUUUUUUGUGGUCUGUAAAAUAGUGUCGAUAUAGGGAAGGGGCUAAAUGGUGGGCUAGUUAGCUAUCAAAGUGUGAGGUGUUUUUCUUUUUUUCUUUGAGACAUUUUUGAGCUUUGCAAUAAUGAAAUGAAGGGGACCAAGUUUUGAGUGCAUUUGUUUCAUCCUCUCUUCUUUUACGUUUUAUAUCGUAAGAUCGAGACCUUAUGAGAAACUGUCCGUGUAUUUUUCUACGAAAAAAAAAAAAAAAGAAAGACGGAGCGUUGCCAAAGUUUUUUUUUUCUUUCUUGUUGUUGAAUCGCUCUAGAAGUUUUUAUCUUGCUCUUUGUUUAGAUAUACCAAUAAACGAAACUUGUUUUGGA